ACCUCGCGAGGCUGCGGGCCAGUGACGCGGAGCCCGCGGCGGAGCAGGCCGGCUUCUCGGCCGCAGCGAGGGCAGCGCAUCCCGGGUGUCAGCCAGAACAUGGCGCCCAUCCUGAACUCAGCCAAGAAAUUGUUCAUUUUCUUAGGAAAAUCACUGUUUGCCCUUCUGGAGGUUAUGGUGUUUGCCUUAAUCCCAAAGCCGCAGAAGAAUGUUGCUGGUGAAAUCGUACUUAUAACAGGCUCUGGGAGUGGACUUGGAAGGCUCUUAGCCCUCAAGUUUGCCCGCCUUGGAUCGGUGCUUGUUCUCUGGGAUGUCAGCCAGGAGGGAAAUGAGGAGACUUGCAAGAUGGCUUUGGAAGCUGGAGCCACGAGGGUUUAUGCGUAUACCUGUGAUUGCAGCCGGAAGGAGGAAGUGUAUAGAGUGGCCGAUCAGGUUAAGAAAGACGUUGGCGACGUUUCAAUCCUCAUCAACAAUGCCGGAAUCGUAACAGGCAAGAAGUUCCUCGACUGCCCAGAUGAGCUUAUGGAAAAGUCUUUCGAUGUGAAUUUCAAAGCACAUCUAUGGACUUAUAAAGCCUUUCUACCUGCUAUGAUCGCUAAUGACCAUGGACAUUUGGUUUGCAUUUCAAGUUCAGCUGGACUGAUUGGAGUAAGUGGACUGGCCGAUUAUUGUGCAAGUAAAUUUGCAGCCUUUGGAUUUGCUGAAUCGGUGUUUAUGGAAACAUUUGCCAAGAAACAAAACGGGAUCAAAACCACUAUUGUGUGCCCAUUUUUUAUAAAAACUGGAAUGUUUGACGGUUGUACUACCGGCUGUCCUUAUCUGUUACCGAUUCUGGAACCAGAAUAUGCAGUCAGGAAGACAGUAGAUGCUAUCCUGCAAGAAAAACCGUACUUAUAUAUGCCAAGGUUUAUAUACUUCAUAGUGUUUUUAAAAAGAGGUGAGUGGGUGAUGCCUUCUCUGCCGGUUCUGCUCUAUGAAGUUCCAGGGACCUGGGCCACGGACAGCUCCUCACUCGACCAUCCCUGCAGUGUGGCCACUACCAUCACCGCCAAGAUGGCAGCCAUCAUAGGACCUUCUAGGCAGCAAAUGUAGGAAGGGUAAGGAUGAAAAUGACAUAGGCACCAAUUUGCCUUUUAAGGAUAUUUCUAGAAACAGCCACACAACACUCUCUUCAAACAGUAUUAGAUGCAAGUGAGACUAGGGAUUGUAGCGUUUAUUCCAGCGGCCAUGACUCUGUCUAAUAACGGCGGAGAUUUCUAAACGUGGGAAAAGGAGCAUUAGUAAUCUUGGCCACAGGCGCUCCCAAGUCAUAGAAGAGGUUUCGAAUCAGUUUAGCUAUGCAACUUAGGUCAAGUGAUUUGAACUUUCUGAAACCCUUUUCCAAUUCUGCAAAUGACUGUAAUUCCUCUUUUGACUGUCACAAGGAUUAAAUGAGUUGACAGUGCUAAAAUGCCUAAUGUAGGGUCUGGUACACACCAACACUCAAUAAACAUCA